ACAAACACCAGCGCGCGGCGCAUCUCAGCCGCCAGCGCCCAGCAUUGCAACAACUUCUAUGGCGGCACGGUUCAAUAAAUUUGCAAAUGUGAAAAUCUGUCUCGUCUCCAUUCAACCUCUCAGUGACAGGAGCUUUGCAACUGCAACUAUGUCAAGCAUCGGCGCCCGAUGUUCUUUUUGACCUGCAGUGGCUUCAUCAUUUACUUUAUCAAAUGAUCAACUGUCAACUCUCUGGCCUGUGCAGCAUAAAAAGCCUCAUCUGAAUCGCCGAAUAUCUCUAACUAUCUUUACAACAGUACUAUGUCUCGUGUGUCUCUCGAAAUAGGAUCGAUUGCGCCCAACUUCGAAGGCCAUACCGCCUCAGGGCCUCUAAAGUUUCACCAAUGGGCUGGGGAAUCAUGGUCGAUAGUGUUUACCCAUCCAGGUUCCUCUUUUUCCAAAGAGCUCAAUGAACUUGCUCGAAGGCUUCCAGAUAUCGAGCAAAGGAGAAUCAAAAUCAUAGGAUUGUCGAGGAACUGGCCCGACGAGAGCUCACACUGGACUAAACUCUUGCAGCACUAUAAUCGACAUACAGGGUCGGGCAGGGACGUUCAGAUCAUUGCAGAUGACCAAGGAAAGCUCUCUAGGUUGUAUGGAAUGUUGUCGCAACACGAUUCUAAUGGCGUAGCAUCCAAUCCCAAUACUGCGUUUCUUGUGGACCCUAUAAAGAACAUUCGACUAGUCAUGUCGUAUCCUUUCUUCCUUAGUACUGGAUUGACUCAAAUACUUCGUUUUGUGGACGACAACUCCGGACCUCUACAAGAUAUUCCUACCCAUAUUUUUGGUCUUGAUGCACAAGGUCGAGGUCAGAUCUAUGACCAGGCCGAAAUUUCCAGUCGUGAAGAAGCAGACUCUGCCACAGUGGUCAAGAGUGCAGUUGAUCUUGUCAGCAACGUCAAGGGUACGACAGGUAGUGAUGGAUCAUCGAAUACCACCGUCGCUGCUACAGAUUACAUACAGCACGCAAUGACCGUGAUGGAUUCAUUGGCUGACCUAGGAAAGGUCGUGCCCUUUGUAGCUCCUGCAUUCGCCAUCAUAAAAGCCAUCAUCGCUGUAGAACAACGUGCACGAGAUGUGGACGUAAAAUGCACAGAUUUGGUCCAGCGUGUCACGUUCAUGCUCAGCCAUCUUCCUGCACUCAAAAAGAUCGAUGUCACGAAUUCCACUCGACAGGUCAUUGACCGCAUGAAUGACACGCUCAAGAAAUCUGCUGCUCUUAUUCAGACUUAUCGCAAACAAAGUACUAUCGCUCGUCGACUCAGCGUUCAUAAUAAGGAUCGUUUCACAUCGUGCGCCUCAUUGCUGAGCCAAUGCACGAACGACCUGAUGAUCAGCCUCCAAAUUCACCAAAGCACACAGCUAGAUAUCCUUACCCGUCCUGUGCCUUUUGACCUCGAGGACGAAGCCGCAACAAAAUUUGUCGCUACCCACGGAGGGAUUGAUGCCGUGAAAGGAAAUGAGGCGCUUGUAAAGCAGUUCGCGAGCGAAAUGAAGCUCACGGUGGACGAAAAUGUUAUGGAGCAGCUCAAUACGAACAUCUCUGUGGUGUUGCAGCAAAACCAGGAUCGUCUAGAGCAAUCGCUCAACGAGAGCGUCAGUGCUUCUGUCAUAGAGGGCAUUCGAGGUUUAGCCGCUCAGAUGAAUGAAUCAGCCAAGGAACAAACUUUUGUAUGCGUGCAAUGCGACAAGGAAUAUAAAGAAUCCACGAGCGGAGAAAAAUCUUGUUCUUUCCAUCGUACGGAAUAUGAUUCUUGGAGUAAGUCCUACCGUUGCUGCGGCAGUGCGAACCCCUGUCAGGCUGGGCGCCAUCGUUCCGAGCAUCACGAUCAGUAUCCUUACGGAAAUUUCUUCGUUUUUGCGAGAAACAUCACUGGGUAUACUGAUACCACGGAGAAAUGGACUGAAUUAGAAGACUCAAAUCUGGAAACAUCCAAGAAAAUGACCGUUUCAGUCGCUCGUCUUCUUCGUUGGAAGUCUCGAGGUGCACAGCCCGAAUUGCCUACAGUCCUCAUUAGAGUCGGAUCAGUGUCGAUCUCUGAACCAUACCUGUUCAGGACCUACAACACUAAAGAUCUGGAAGUGAUUACCAAGGUCGUCGACAUCACUCAUCAGACAGUGAUUUUCCGAACCUCGCAUUCCGAGCAGGAAUUUGCAAUGGCAGAGUGGGUUCUGUCAGUAGCAGGAGUCAUCAUCGGCGUCAAGAUCACCGCAAAAGCUGCCACUUCCUUUGAUCCAUUCAUUCAAGUCUGUCCCAUCGACAUCACCUCUUGCACACUCUCAGGAGACGUCCGUUCCUUGUCUGAAGGCGGCCUCCGCUCCUACAAGCCUAGUACUCCUUAUGUUUUGCCCGAUAUUCAAAGAGUUAGUGCUACGAUUCACGAGGAUGCACCUCGGGAGGUUCGAAUAGACUUCAAAACUUGCACCACGCCCAAUCUCCCUAUAGUCAUGAAACCAGUCUCAAACCCGCCGCUUGUUGCCAACCCCCAAUAUGCGAACCCAGAGACUGACUAUUUUGCAGGUACUAUCUCCGUCUUCAAUAAACAUAAGGUCAGCUCUAUGGAGCCCAUCUCUAUAGCUUCUGUUGCUGCUUUCUAUCGUCUCGUCGGUGAAGAGAAAUAUCAACCAGUCAAAUCCGUGGAACUCUUAGAUGGUAUUACUCUCCCAUACUCCAUCGACCCUCGGCAGACCUUGACGUUGCAAUUCGGAGUUGUUGUGCCUCGGUCGGAAGACGAUGUGAAAGUAGGGACUCGGUGGUGGAAUCGCGCUUUCGUCGCCCGACAACGACCUCUUCGAAUCAAACUCGUGCUAACAGACAUCGAUGAGGAAGAAUGUUCGCUUGUCCUCGACUAUGUUUGUCCUGUUUCCAAUUUAGAAACAGCUGACAAAGAAGAUCUCGCAUACUUUUAUGUGGAUGAUCCACUUACAUGGAAGCGAUAUGGAGUCCAUAUAGCUAAGGAUUCCCGUAUGGGACCAGAAGCAGUGAAAAUCGGCAAUGAGUCGCGAGGCGCAGAUUGGAUGAAGAGUAUCGUUUACAAAGCCCUCAAAACAGGCGAAUCGGAGAUUGCACUCGAUGUUGGCGCCGAUAAUGACCAAGGCAUGCCUACUGCCUGGUCAUGGAAAACAUGGGCUCUUGUCGACCUUUCAUGUCGCCGUCUUUACGCGUUCAAAAUCCUUCUCACCAAAUCUCACGGCACAGCUCAGAGUUAUGCCUGUAUGGGUUAUGUAAAAUGUCCUGUUUAUGGGGGCUUUUAUGAGGAAUCUCGGCCAAUUCGCUAUGCCACAGAAGUGACCAAGUUCCCGGAACUCAAGCCUUACGUGCCAAGUCGAAUCCUCCUCGAUGACGAGUUCGAUACAUUCGUUCCCAGUGAAGCAUUGAAACCAACAGUCGCAUCGAGUUCAACUCAAUUAGCUAUCCCUGACGAAGUGCAACAACGCCUGGUGUCAAUUGAGAACAGUCUAUCCCGGCUCGCGAUAUCUAUAGAGCUACUAGUGGAAAUCAUGAAAACAAAGUAGAGACGGGUACGGCCUAAAGCGCAGCAUUUCAGAAGAUCUUGUCUUUGUAGGUCUUGAUCGUAAUGAUAAUGUGGCUUUUGUAAGCUCGCUGAGCAAUGGGCUGUUUUACAGCUCAUGAAUACCUACCAGCAAGGAUAGGGUCUGACAAAUAAACCUAUUACUGGUACUUCCAGUGGCCCCUGCCCUAGAACGACAUGAUUUGAAGGCAUGGUAUUAAAUAUUCCUGCUACCUCUCUAGAGGUUGUUGAAGGGUUUUGUACACCCAACAUUUCAUUUUCAAUUUGACCAUCAAAUAUCCUGCCAUGUGCUUUUAGUCACUGAAAUUUAGUCAUUUAACUUUUCACGCGUCGACAUUGAUUGGGUAGGAUUGGGUUCUCUGUUUCUUUGACCUCUAUAAUCAAUGUUCAAUCUUGUAAGAUCCUGUAACCUUUACAAGUCUCUGUAGUUGA